AUGAUUGGCUGAAGUGGGUUUGUUGCCUUGGCAACGGAGAGGGGUUUGGUAGCGUUGCUGUGCGGCGUGAUCUGCGCGUUGCGUGUAUGAGGAAGCAGCUGCGGAUGUGAUCUCCGACACUGUGAGAAACUGAGACAGACACCUGAACACACGAUUCCAGCCACACUGCUAUUUUACAGGAACCGCGUGCAUGAUUACCUCCCUGGUUUAAUGGGUCCAAUCAUCGGGAUGUCGCCGGAUAAGAAAGCGGAAACGCCGGGGAUGCAGGGGGAAAGGGUGGGACUUAGGGGUUUGUGUGGGGGGGCGGGGACUCUCCCAGAGGCAGAGUGCGGUGCAGCCAGCCCAUUGGCCACCAGUCUGGACCGGGGUUCUGUUGGUUCUGGGGGCUCUGAGGAUGAGGAGCUCACCAACCUCAACUGGCUCCACGAGAACCUGCUCCAGAACUUUACGCUAGGGGGGGCCGGCGAGGCUGGGGCCCAACACAGUGCCAGCCCCCUCUUUGACAUUGAGGGCAACACCGGAGCCCCUCAGAACCCCCCCUCUUCAUCCUCUUCCUCCUUGUCACAGAGGGACUCGUUGAAGUCCAAGCCUCCCUUCUCAUUCUCUCUGUUGAUCUACAUGGCCAUAGAGCAGAGCCCCAGUAAGAGCCUGCCAGUGAAGGACAUCUAUGGUUGGAUCGUACAGCACUUCCCAUACUUCUCCUCAGCCCCCACCGGCUGGAAGAACAGCGUCAGACACAACCUGUCACUCAACAAGUGUUUCCGUAAGGUGGAGAGGAGCCUGGGAAAGCUGAAUGGUAAGGGUUCUCUGUGGUGUGUGGACCCAGAGUACAGGCCCAACCUGAUCCAGGCGCUCAAGAAGCAGCACUUCCCUGCAGCACAUGCCUUCUGCACACCGCCUGCCUCCCCACCGCCUGCCUCCUCACCGCCUGCCACCUCACCCCAUAGACAUCUCUUCCUGCCGGGCUGCUCUCUCAAAGAGUCUGACAUAGAUGCUGCCACUGCCAUGAUGCUCUUAAACGCCGCCCCUGGCCAUCACCAUGCCAAUCCAUGUGAUCCAGAGAGUCCCUUGGACCUGUCCCGGCCAGACUUGGUCCUGGUGAGCAGCGAUCCUAACCAGGACCACAACUACAGCAGUAUGGCCCUGCAGCGCUGCUCCUCCCGCUCCUCCUCCUCCUCCCUCGACGAUGGGGGCCCCUCCCCUGGCCAUGCCCACCACAGGCCCCGUACAUGCCGCGCUGGCAGUGAGGGUUUCCAUAGUGACGAGGACGACUCUGACCUCGGGGACCGGGACGAGAGAGGCGGCCGCCCCCGGCCUGCUCCUCGCCGCUCCUCCUCCUCUUCGGUGAAGCACCCGGCGGGUAAGAGGGCCCAUAGUGAGCUGACAGCCAACCCAGAGCUGGAUGAGGAGCUGAAGGAGGCGGCCGGGUCUCUGCUCCACCUGGCUGGGAUCCGUACCUCCAUGGACCUUAACAAACGGAGUGCCAAGAGCAAAAAACUGAACAGGAAAUGAGGUUGUCAUACUUUCCUGCCCUUGCCCUCAGACUCCUGCCCCUGUAACCCUGACCCCUGAUCUGAUCAUGUGUCCUGAUUGGUCUUGGUUGUGCCUCCUUUUCUGGUUGCUGAUUUUAAGCCUGUUUUUGGUUUGACACAUGAUGGGAUAUCCCUCACUAUCCAACACAACAAAUGGCAAUAGUAUCAUUGACACAGGAGAACAAAGCCAUAUUGAGACUUUUGAAACUGGGGUGUAUCAGGUGGGUGGGUCAGGGUAAAACAGGGGUGUUUGAGGACUACUGAGAAGAACCAUCACAAAACUGCUUGUUGUUUCUGAUGGCUUCGCUGCAGAUCCUUACAACUCAAAUAAUGUUUUGAGGGAUAAGACGGGAAAAGCUGAAACUUUUUAUAACUCAAAGCGUUGCAUGCUUCCUCAACUUGUAUCCUCUUCCAAGUGAACCUAUUUCUAAGAGAAUGAGUGCAUGUCUCUAACAAACUAACCUCUCCUCAUGUUGAACUCAGUUUCUCCAUGCUGAAGAUACCACUGUUUUUUGAUAGGUGACAUCCUUGGUCUGGAAAACCUUCCAAAGAGAUGCAAUAACUUAAACCACUUUUUGUAUUUUUCCUGGGUUGAUGAUGGUACUGCUGUUUAAAAACAACAGAUUAAAGUAGUGCGGCUGAUCGUAAACAUCCUUCCACGGAGUGGAACACUGGACUGGGUCCAUGUCAGGGUUUAAUAGCAGGGAAUGGAAACGUAACCAAGGGAAUGUUGGAACUCUGCUACUGCCAUGGUGGGCAGGGAAAUAAAAUAAAGGUGUCCGACUGCUAGAUCAGGAAGAGUCCACUCUAGUCCUACUCUGAGAGAAACAUCAUGACAUCUAGAUCAGGAAGAGUCCACUCUAGUCCUACUCUGAGAGAAACAGAAUUACAUCUAGAUCAGGAAGAGUCCUCUAGUCCUACUCUGAGAGAAACAGAAUUACAUCUUCAUUGCAUUAGAACCUACUCGUCAUCUCUCUUCCUCUGCUGACCCCUCUAAUUCUGUCAUACAUUGUGUUUAGUGUGUAAAACUGAGAAAUGACAUUUAAUAUAUUCUAUCCUGUCUUGUCCUAUUAUGUCUUGUUCUAUCAUAUCUUAUCCUAUGCAAGGUGUAGUGUAGACUAAUCUGGCUGAAACUAAGCAAAUGUUGUUGUAACCAUAGUGAUACCAAGACAAUGCGCUUGGCAUGAGGGCACUCACGGGCAGAUGUGCUGCUCAGUUUUCAAUCAUGUAAUACUAGUCACACCUACUCAAAAGUUAGUAUUCAGGCCAAAGGGAAGUUAAAACAAAGAUGUUAUAAUAAUGUUGUUGUGAGGUUAGAUGGACAAUGUUGUGAGAGACUUAUUGUACUACUGCCCCUCCUGGUGUUGGCUGACCCUGUGGCAGAGUUCAGACUGUGGUGACAGAAAGAGGCUUUGCUUCGUUAAGGAAACACGGAGGGCAAAAUCAGGAAGUGCACCACUCUUCUCUACACUGUACAGUAAUGUGUUUAGGGCCAGUUGAUUACAUCGAGUUCAGUGACGGAAAGUACAGGAUGUGGAAACAGAACUUGUGUAGUGAUGAGGCCAGACUGAUGCUCUUUGGGGCUUGCAUGUAUUAACUUGCAAAAUGCCAAUAUGCCCAUAUGAUUAGAAUAGCUUUUAGUUGGUGCACUGCAGUACAGUGUACUGUCCUCUGUCAUGAGCUAAUUUAAGUGCAAGUUAGGUUUCCACUUGUGUUGUAUCACAGGAAAUGUUAAAUUAAGUCGCGUUAGUAAGUAUAGAUUGUAUGCAGUGCCAAACAUGAAUUUGUGUCACAGAAGUGGAACUACCAAGGCCAUUGCAACCAUCUUUCUCUUCUCACAGCAUUUGUGACUGACAGUAAUGUUGUUGCCCCUGUUUUUUAGAAGCCUGCCAACAGGAAAUGUAGGAGAACUCUGACCUAGUCUGAUAUUCAGUUUAUUUUGGUUGUUCUGGAAUGGGAAUCGCCGUAUUCUUUGAAAGGGGAUUUUGUUCUUCGAACUAAACUGCAGUUCUCCUAAAUAAGAUGGACAUGAAAUACACUGGUCUUAACUGGCUGUGAAUAAACAAAGAACAAAUGAAUGGUGUCCAUUAAAUGUAUAAUUAAUUUAUAAUGGACUAUUGAAAGGAGCGUCUAUCAAAUAAAGGUAAUUUGAAGUGAGUGGAAAUGUUACUUCCUCUCUCCCUUCUGGAAAAUCCUUUUGAGACUUAGUUUUAUUUUCUAAAUGAUAUUUUACUGCCAUAGACCACUAUUUUCACUGUGUUAUAGUGAUAGUGUGUCUGAGAAAGUACUGUAUAUGGCCAAUGUAUAUUGUCUUUCGAGCGGGUGUUUUUCAAUUUAACCAUGACUGCCAAGUUUUCCAAUGUUUUGUUGUUGGAUAAAAGACUAUUGAUUAACAUGGAUUCUGAACCAUUUUUUUUUGUGCCAACUGUGAUGAUGUACAGAGAAGCAAAGGUAGACAUUUCAGAUGGCAUUCCCUAUCUUGAUAGGAAAAGUUGAUUUAAUCAUCAUAAAGGUGUUGAAGUUUAUCUGAAUUUGUACUGUUUGUUUAGAUAAUAUUCUGACUGCCCUAAGUAGUCACACCAUAGAUAUUAGUUGGCACCCCCUCUCCAUGUUAGGAUCCUGCCACCAUAGAUGUCGCCUACACUUACUGAAACUAAAAACCCACAUUUGAGGGUUGCCCUGGUGUUAGUCUUGGUACCCCCAUGGACUUCUGUUUAAACUUAGAUAGUUGAGGACAACUUCCAGUAACUUGUUCAUGCUGUUGCUAGAAGAAAGCUCUUAUCAGACUCAACAUGAAGAGGAUCCUGAGUCUCUCAGUAAGUUUUUUUUAUACUGAAAAAUAAUGCAACAAGCAUUUUUACUGAGUUUGUUUAUAAGGAAAUCAGUUAAAAUAAAUAAAUUAGGCGCUAAUCUAUGGAUUUCACAAGGGUACAGCCAUGGGUGAGCCUGGGCGCCAGACCCAGCCAAUCCGAAUGAGUUUCUCCACAAAAAGGACUUUAUUACAGACAGAAAUACUCCUCAGCAUCUUAGACUAAUAAACACGAUGAGGCACCCUAGGGGUCUGUAUCGUCACCAAUAAUGUUCACUUGACAUGGUGACAGAUUAUGCUCAACUCAAAGCUACAUAGGAUGCUUCAUUGUUUGAAAAUGUGUUGUAUUGAUUGUGUUUUUAUUUUCUGUUGCAAUUUAUUAUAAUGCGUUUUGUCGCAUUGAACUAACUAAAGCUGCCGACCCAGUAUCCUUCAGUCGUCUGCCAUGUCUGUUAGACAGACCUUUUGGUUUUUGUAUGCUAACCUCUUAAUAAAAUGUUUAUGAAGUUUAUUUUCACCAAAGAUAUGCAAUUUGCAUUAUAUAUGGUAUUACAAAAUAAAUAAAAUCUUGUUUUA